UAGGUGGGCGGUUGGGUUGGUAGGUUGGCCAGUACAAAACGUGUUGCGCUCCUCCUCCUCCAUCUGCAUCUCCUCCCCUGCCGUAGGACGCCUCUUGAUUCCGUGCAGUGGUGGGGUGUUGUGGCAUGGAGACCGCCGGCGCCGGUGCCUUGUUGUCCCGAUCGGUCCUCCCCAACUUCGCUGCAGCUGGACAGGUGGUGCGGCCCCUCUGCGUGGCUAGGAUGGCUCGGCGUAGUGUGGUGGCCGCGGCGCUGGAGAAGGGCGUGGGGUCGGGAAACGGUGGCCGUGGCGGUGCUGGAAUGACCAACUCUAACUACGUGGUGCCGCUCGACACGGCCUCGUCCCUCACUCGCCCCCUCAAUGAGAUCCUCCGAGAUCUGAAUAAAAGGGUACCGGACCAGAUCAUCGAUGCCGCCGACAACUCCAUCCCUUGGUAUCACACCAACAGAAUGCUGAGCUUUUUUGCCCCAGGUUGGUGUGGAGAAGUACGUGAUGUUGUAUUCUCGGACAAUGGAAACGUGACAGUGGUGUAUCGUGUCACCAUAAGAGGAUCAGAUGGAGUGGCUCACCGUGAGUCCACUGGAACAGUGUCUAUGAGCGAUGGCCAGUUUAAAGACCCAGUUGCAGCAGCUGAAGAGUUGGCCUUCUGCAAAGCCUGCGCGCGAUUUGGUUUUGGCUUGUAUCUGUAUCACGAGGAUGAGGCAACAGAGAAUAAGUCACUGUAGAGGGAGCAAAUUUUCUGUUACUGCAGCAUCAAGCAAUCUUGUAGUCGCUCAUAUGCGAUGAAUUACAACAAGAACAAUAUUUAUUUUGGUUGAGCUGGGAAUAGAACUUAAUUCAUCGAUCCA